AUGGCCGGCCACGUCGAUGGCAGCACCACUAAGAAUGGCAGUGCCGCAGAGAACCCGCCUUCUGGUGCCGAGAACAAGCCACCUCACCCUGCCGCUUGGCGCGGCCGCGGCUUUGUCUCCAUGACCCUCAUACUCGGCUCUCUCCCACCUCAGACCACCACUCUCGAUAUUUACAAGUCCAUGAUGCCGCUAACCAUCACGUCCAUUGAUAUCCUGGAGGACAAUCGCGGCGAGCACUCGGGUACCGCCCGCGUGCGGAUGGUGCCUCCGGACCACGACUACUGGUACGACCGCUGCUGGCGUCUCGAGCUGGAGGAUACCACGGCACCAUACCGCAUUGCCAGGGUGUCGGCUCGUGUCGACAACUACGGCUUCCGCUCGGCCACGGAGGAAAGCGUCAAGACGCCGCUCAACAAAUGGGUCCCGGCCCGCAAGGAGAUCGAGCUAGCCCUGCUUGGCCAGGGGUUUAUGCGCCAGAAGCGUGCCAUGAUGGUGAUGGACCAAGUUGAGCACGACGGUGAGGACGUGCUGGUCAAGCUGCGUGUCAACUUUAGCCGCCGCGACCUAUCCAUUUUUGUGACACGCGUCCUGGAGGAGACGUCACCACCAAACAGCGGCGAAGGCACAAACGACAACCCACGUCCGCCGCCGCGCCGUCUCAAGGCCGAGUACCGCAUCGACAUUCGCUUUUCUUGGGUCAAGAACAUUUGGGAGCAGCAGCUCCCUGGCGGACGCCUCUGCGUCGCUCUGGCACUCGACUCGCCGCCCGAGUACUGGCGCAUCACCCGGGACGCCACCCAAACGCACGGCAGCGGCCGCACCAGCUGGAACAACAUGGAGCAGUGGGUCCGCAUGGCGUACCUCACCAUGAACCAGCGCGCCGUCCGCGAUGCGUCCGUCUCGCUGAACGGUGUCUUCCCAGAGGGGCAGGCUGUGGACCUUGGUCGAUGGACCGUCUUUCGCCUGGGCUUCCGUCCGUCCACGGCGGGCGACUGGCAGGACGUUGCUGGCGCUCUGCGUGACUACGACCUGCGUGCCAAGCCCUGCCCAGAGUUCCGUUUCCUGCCUCGCGACGACCGGACAAUGUGGGACUGUGUGCAGGCUGAUCACGGCGCUCUGCCCAUGUCUGCGGCCAGCAACAUGCAUCACCUCUCCCGCCGUCUCUCGUACGACGUUGCGUACCAGCUGGAGGUGUGCAUCUCGCACAACAUUCUCAACGAGAGCACGCUUGACGUCGUCUUUCUCGAAAGUCUCGCAGCCCUGACCCCGGAUCGGGCCACACGUAUGCUGGAGUAUGUGGCCGAGCGCGGCAAGCGCAUCUACCAGCCGCACAGCAUCUUCCGCGAUCCCCGGGCCGCAUCGUACUGGCGCAAGUCCCCUCCCGAUGCGUCGCUCGACAAAGACCGUGCCGUCUACAUCCGCAAAGCCAUCGUGACCCCGACCACAAUCAUCUACUCCACGCCCGCACUCGAACCCGGAAACCGCGUGCUGCGCCAUUUCCGCGAGCACCACGACCGUUUUCUCCGUGUGCAGUUUACAGACGAGCUCCUCAUUGGGCGGCUCAGUGGUGGUCGUGACGGCAGGCGGACGGAUGAGUGCUUCGUGCGGGCCUUUCGGGCCCUGAAAAACGGCAUCUGCGUCGGUGGCCGCUGGUUCGAGUUCCUGGCCUUUGGCAACUCACAGCUGCGCGAGAACAGCACCUACUUCUUUGCGCCGACCGAGCUUGUCUCGUGCCAGGACAUCCGGGACUGGAUGGGCGACUUUCGGAGCAUCAAAACCGUCGCCAAAUAUGCAGCACGGCUGGGCCAGUGCCUGUCGACCACGCGGCCUGUGCCUACCUUUGGUGUGCCGACGACGGUGCAGCGCAUUGCCGAUGUCGAACACGGACGGUUUUGCUUCACAGACGGCGUCGGCAAGAUCUCCAAGUGGUGGGCUCGCGUCAUUGCCAGCCAUCUGCGGGUCGACAAUGUGCCCUCUGCCGUGCAGUUCCGCAUGGGCGGCUGCAAGGGAAUCCUCGUCGUCUGGCCCGAUGUGCCUUCUGGUCAAGUGGUGCAAAUCCGGCCGUCGCAAGAAAAGUUUCCAACUCUGGACAAUGCCAACAUCCUCGAGAUCAUCCGCUGCUCGGAGACUGCCACGGCGACCCUCAACCAGCAGACCAUCAUCUUGCUGUCCACACUCGGGGUCCCGUUGUCCGUCUUCCUGGACUUGCUCCACGAGGAACUGGCCGGUCUCGAUGCCGUCAUGAACGACCCGCAGAAGGCGGUGGAUCAACUGAUGGUGCGCGUCGACCAGAACCACAUCACGCCCAUGAUUGCCGACAUGGUCACGGCCGGCUUCAUGACGUCGGACGAACCCUUUGUCUGGUCCAUGCUGCAGCUCUGGAGGUCCUGGACACUCAAGGCGCUCAAAGAGAAGGCACGCAUCAGCGUCGAGAAGAGCGCAUUUGUGCUGGGGUGCGUCGACGAGACAGAUACACUGCGUGGCCAUACGCAACCCUGUGGCGGGAUACGCCGCAACGGUGCUGGCGAGCCACCCGAGCCACCCGAGCUCCCUCAGAUUUUUCUACAAAUCCCAGACCUGACCAGCAAGCCCCAGGGCGGCGUCCACAUCUUGACGCGCGGCAGCAACAACAGACACAACGUUGGUGCGGCCAAGGGUGGCCAAACGUACAGAGUCAUCACCGGCUUUUGCCUGGUUGGCCGCAACCCAUCGCUUCACCCGGGCGAUCUACGGGUCGUGGAAGCCGUCGACGUACCGGCCCUGCACCACCUUCGCGACGUGGUCGUCUUUCCGCGUACUGGUGACCGUGACAUUCCCAGCAUGUGCUCGGGCGGCGACCUUGACGGCGAUGACUACUUUGUUUUCUGGGACGAGCGCCUGCUCCCACUGCGCAAAUUCUGGAACUACGAUGCAAUGAACUACGAUGCUGCCCGCGAGCCGGACGUCGACGAGGUGACGCCGCGCCAUCUCAUUUCCUUCUUCGUGCAGCACAUGAAGCACGACACGCUGCCGCGCAUUGCCAUGUCGCACCGGGCGUAUGCCGACCAGCUCGAGGACAGCGCCAUGAACCCGCGCUGCCUGGAGCUCGCACAGCUGCACUCGCAAGCCGUCGACUACGCCAAGACCGGCGUGCCCGCGCUCAUGCCGCACCGACUCGCGCCCAAGGGCUGGCCGCACUGGAUGGGCCGGACGUUCAAGCGAACGUACCACUCGAGGUCGGCGCUCGGCCAAAUUUACGACGAGGUGCAGGUGGAGACGUUUGAGCCGGCGUACGACAAGCCCUUUGACAAGCGCAUCCUCGAGCAGUAUCCCGACCUGGAUGCGGAUCUCAUGCAUCGUGCCCGGCGCAUCAAGACGCAGUACGACCUGGCGCUGCGGCGUGCCAUGGCGCAAAAGGACAUUGAAAGCGAGUUUGAGAUGUGGUCUGGCUUUGCCAUGAACAAGCCGCGUGUCGGUUCCGAUUACAAAGCUGCCGAGAACCUGGCGCGUCUCUUCCGUGUGAUCACAACGCGAUUCCGACGCGUGUGUCUGCGCGAGGCCGGGGGCGACUCGCAGGACCUUGCGAAGCUAGGGCCUUUCUUGGCUGCCAUGUACAAGGUUACGUCGGAGGAGGUUCGCAUUGCCCUGCACGAGUUUGCUCUGGCCAAGAAGCGCGCGCGUCCCGUCCCAGCGGACAUUGACAACGAGACGUCGGCCGCGUCUCCAGAGGAUCGACUCAGUCACCACAGUGCGCCGCUCAUCAGCUUCCCAUGGAUCUUUUCGCGUGAACUGUGCUCCCUUGCGACGACAGCCGAUUCGGCUUGCGCGGCCGACACCAUCGGGUGUGACGACAAAGCGAAGGCAACGGACAACAAGACGAAACCCACCGAGACAAACACGGGUCAACCAGACCGCCUGUUGACAGCUUCUGAGCUACGUGCCAUGGAAUACCGCGUAGUGAACGGUGUGCCCACGCACUACGGCAUCCCGCUCGACAUUUCGGCAUACGAUGGGUCCCGCGAGGAGGAGGAGGGGGCCGACAUGGACGCGGGCGAGUAUGAGCCGAUGUGGACUCUGCCGCCAGGCAAGUCGGAGAGUGACGUCGUGAUUGAGAUGGUUGCGUCGACAAAGACGAAGCCUGAGAAGCCUGAGGAGAGCGACGACGACGACGGCGAGCAAGCCUACAAAGACGCCGACUACGACUUUUUCACUGGGCGUGUGAGCAGCCGGGCCAUCCAUCGUGGCCAGCUCAGUCACCAGCAGGCCAAGCUGCUCCGCCAAUUGCAAACGUCCAUGGCAGACAAGACUGGCGGUAACGGGCAUGCUGUCGACCAUGGUAAUUUCCCCUGGGCGGAGAUGGAGGACGACAUCUUGUCGACCACGAGCGAGGAGAGCCGGGACGAGAAGGUUCCUGAGACGAUCAUCAUCAAGCGAGAAGACGACGAAGAGGACGAGGUAGUACAGGCUGCGGUCGAAAAGGCGACCCACGAACUACCUGGUGGACUGGCGAAACCGCUCGUGCAGACUACGGAGAUUAUUAGGGCGCAUACUACGGCGCGGAGCGCAUCACUGCUAGACACCAUUGACACGGUCGAGCCCGUUGCCCUCUCGCAGGAUGUGCACGACGACGCCGACGAUGAGGACGACGAGAACGACGAGAAUGACGACGAAAACGACAUCUUUGCUACAAUUGACAAUCUCUUUGGCGGGCGCGAAAAGAGGGCCAAGCAGGGCCAAAAGAAUGCGGAGCAUCACAGUCCGGAGCAGGCGGCAACCAUCGCGACUCUCAUUUGA